AUGGCAUUUCAUCGUUCUGCCUUACAUGCGGGUUUCCUCGUAUUCGACGGAGUUGAUGUGCUGGAUUUUGCGGGGCCUCUGGAAAUAUUCUCGCAUGUCCAUUACGGUAUGGACUACACAGCGCCCGAUCCGGCCUUCAAACUCACUACAAUCGGUGCUUCCGAUGUAAUCUCGACUAGUGCUGCCGUCAAAAUCAUCCCGGAUGUUUCCGUGGCAUAUGCGCGAUCCAAACUUGAUGAAUUCGACAUUCUGGUUGUUCCUGGCGGACCGCCGUCCAUUGUCUAUGCUCUCGUUAAGAGCAACUCAGAAGUGCUGCAGAUUGUGAAGGACUUUGUGCGCUUACCAUGCGAAGAUAGCAAGCGACCGAGAACCAUCCUCUCCAUCUGCACUGGAGCCCAUUUUCUAGGAGCUUGCGGUUUGCUCAGCGGGCUAAGCGCAACUACACAUCAUUUAUUCCUUGAUGACCUACGAGCAAUCUGUGAGAGGGAGGGUAGGACUGAGGUAGUGCAGGCCAGAGGAAGAUUUGCUAUUGUCAUUGUUGGUGCGGGAAUUGCGGGCCUUGCUGCUGCUAUUGCCUUACGAGAAAAGAGACACCAGAUGACGGUCCUUGAGGCUGCUCCACAGUUCUCUGAUAUUGGAGCGGGUAUCCAGGUCCCACCGAACUCAGUGCAACUUCUCAGGCAACUUGGUGUCUAUGAGCCGAUAUCGAAGCUCGCCACCUGGCCGCGCUCUAUUACACUUAAAAGAUGGGAAAAUGGAGCAAACAUCACCAAGACCCCGUUGUAUCCCCGGAUGGACGAAGUACAUGGCUACCCUUACUUCCUAAUUCACCGAGGAGACCUGCACAAGGUACUCCUGGACCGCGCUUACGAGGUGGGCGCAGAAAUUAAGGUCGAUGCCUUCGUCUCCGAGGUCAACGAAUCGGCUUCUUCGGUCAUACUUAAGGACGGUACCGUUCAUAGGGCGGAUUUGCUGAUUGGUGCAGACGGAAUCAAGUCGAAGGUCCGAAAGGCAGUGGUCACGGAUCGAGACGUGGAGAUCAUCCAGGACCCGAACUGCGCGUACCGGACAUUGAUUCCGGGCGAACUGCUGGAUCGGACCCGACGGCCACAUCAUGGCGUAUCCCAUUUGCAACGGAGCCUUAUAAAUUUCGUCAUGUGUCAUCCUGGUUCGGUGCCCGUUGGGCAACCUAACGGGCGAGCGAGCAUAGAUGACAUGAACGAAAGAUACAAAACAUGGGAUCCGGUUAUCUGCAAACUCAUCGCACUUGUCCCGCAGUGUCUGAAAUGGCGGAAUGCUGAGAUUGAGAAGCUCGAGACUUGGGUGGCAAAGUCCGGAAAGGUGGUGCUGAUCGGGGAUUCUAGCCACGCUAUGGUCGCAUAUAUGGGCCAAGGGCCGCCAUGGCCGUGGAAGACGCGGUUACACUUGGUGAAUGCCUGGACCAUGUUUCCGUAA